AUGGAACCUCAUCUACAACAACAUCAAUCUUAUAUCGAUCUGGUUCAUUUAUCUACAGGGCACUCUUUUCAAGCACAGCGAAAAUACCAAGAAUCAACAUUUUCGACGAGAAAUAUGUUCAAUAUAGGCGAUCAUCUAUCAACAGUUUCUAAUAUCAAUUAUCGGACUCUCGCAGAUCAUCCAUUACAACUUUCACCGGAACAAUUAAGAGAAAAAUUACGUAAACAACUUGAAUAUUAUUUCUCCAAAGAAAAUAUGAUACAUGAUAUUUAUUUACAAUCACAAAUGGAUGCUGAUAGUUACGUACCUAUAUCGUUAAUUGCGAAUUUUAAACUUGUGAAACAUCUUACACAUGAUUUACAAUUGAUUAUCGAUGUUCUCAAAGAAUCACCUUCGAUUGAAGUUGAUGCAGCAGAGAAAAGAGUUCGUUCAUCAGAUUAUUUAGCAUAUCUUCCAACACGAAAACGUUGUACGAUUAUAUUACGGAAUGUACCAUUGGAUGCAACCGAGAAUGAAGUAUUAGCAUUAUUUUCGAAUGAAUCUUGUCCAGUGCCAUCAACUGGAUGCGAACGAGUAUUAGAAUCGAAUCAUUCAGAUUGUUGGUAUGUUACAUUUAACAAUGAAGACGAGGCACACAAUGCAUUUUUGUAUCUAACAAGAGAAAGUAUUUCAAUACGUGGUCAAAAAAUUAUGGCUCGUAUGAAAGCUUGUCUGUGGCAAAAAUCUCUGAUAUCAUCAAACGAGGCUGUAAAAGAUUUAUCUGUAUCACAAAGUUCUUCAUCGAAUUUUACACAAGAACCGUAUUCUCCUGUUUAUAUUCCAACAAUCCCGAUCAAUCAUACAAAUCAAACCUUAUCUAUUGGAAAUCUAUCACAACAGCAAACAGCCGUUAAACCUCGUCACGUGCAAGUUUUACAACAAUACUUACCAAUGACUUCUAAUUCUAAUACAUCAUCGCAUCAACAUACGAUGCCACCAAGAGUUUUAUUUACGGCAAAUAUGCAACCAUUAGCUAUGAAUUAUUAUCCACAAACGCAAUAUCUUAAUAGAAAUCAUUCUAUUCUUCCAAUUAAUUUUUGGUAUAUACCUCCAACAGCAGAUUCAUAUUCACCUAUGGCUUAUAAUAUUCAAUCUAAAACUCGGCUAUCAACAGCAUCGAAACCACGUAAUUCAACAAAAUCAAUUUCUAAUCAUGUAGAACAUUCAAAUGAGUUACAUGAUACGAAUUCGUUGGUGCCUCCGAAGUCAUCUAAUAGAUCGACUAUUGGAGAUAAUCAAAAUUCAAACAAUGACAAUUAUUCAUUAAAUCAAAUAUCAAAUGAUAAUACAUGUACAUUGAAACAAACAGAUUCAUCAAUAUCUGAAUCUAUUGAACAGUCAACAAUCAAUGAUUUUUCACACCAAAAUAAUUAA